AUGGAAAAUUAUCGAGUCACCAAGGCCCUCGGUCAAGGUACCUGGGGUGUGGUUCACAUGGCUGAACAAAUAGGAUCCAACCGGGUGGUGGCCCUCAAGAAAAUCAAAAGCAAAACAUCCGGUGAAGGAAUCAACUUUACCGCCAUUCGAGAGAUCAAACUCUUGAGGGAAUUCAGACACGAGAAUAUCAUCGAGUUGGUGGAUGUAUUUGUGACUCCUGAUCAAGCUGUCUGCUUGGUUUAUGAAUGUGCCGAGACGGAUCUGGAAAAGGUCCUAAACAACAAGUCUAUUCCAAUGUCGUUUUCAGACAUCAAACAACACCUGUCGAGUCUGCUGCGUGCUAUUUCUGCUUGUCACGAUCGGUGGAUUUUGCAUCGUGAUUUAAAGCCUGAUAACAUGCUCUUCUUAAAGGAUGGUACCAUGAAAUUGGCCGAUUUUGGUCUAGCAAGAAUGUACGGGACACCAAAACAACGAUUGUCUCCCCAAGCAAUUACACUGUGGUACAAACCACCAGAACUACUGUUGGGUUCCUACGAAUAUUCCUCUGCAGCCGACAUGUGGAGUGUGGGCUGUAUCUUUGCCGAAUUGCUAUUGAGGAGACCCUUUCUACAGGGCAAACAGACCGAUAUUUCCCAGCUGGAUACCAUUUUUACUGUCUUUGGGACACCGAAUGAAACCAACUGGCCCGAUCACAAAGCAUUACCACUUUGUGCACGAGGCUUGCUCUGGGAUGAUGUCCCGGCAAUCCCCUUUGACGAAAUCUUCACGGGGGCUCCUCGAGACGCCAUUUCGCUGCUAAGGUCUAUACUGGCAUUGGAUCCGAAUAUGCGGUUUACCGCUUCCCAAUCGCUGAGUCACCCUUACUUUUCCAAUGAACCACCGCCGACACCCAAGGAAAAACUUGUAUUGGAUACGCCAUCAUGA